AUGUACAAACUGAUGACAGGCAAAGAGAGUCUUGAACUGAAAGAAGAUUUAGAGAAACAAGAAGACUGGUCGGUGAAAGUUGACACCUGUGUAAACAGAUUGAGAGGCUUGGUUAAUUACUCUCAUCAAUAUAAAAAGUAUUUACUCGAUGCUGCCUAUAACAAAAUAUCAUUAGCAAGAGAGUAUGAACCUAACUUCAAGUUGAAAUCUGAGUUGAUCCUUAUCAAAGGUACAUUACAUCCCAAUGCUACCAAACUAGAAGACGAUUACGGUCUUUCUAAAUAUACCAAUCAAGUUGUUAAAGUAUUUAACAUAGAAGCUGAUCAUGCUUUAGCACCUCAUGAUAGCAGAGUUUCCAAUAUUGUAAACAGAUUUCUCGAUCCAAACAUUCUAGAAGAAUUCCAAAAGAAGAGACUCUGCGAAUUCUACUUUGCUGAUCCAUUCAAGAUCCUAUAG